GACGGAACUCCUCCUUUCCUCCUGAAUAAUACAGGAGCAAUUAGCUUAGCGUCAAUCGUGUGAGCUCGUUUUAUCUCCGCCUCUUUAGAUUUUGCACCAGCCAAUGGGCGUUAGGUAUCUGUGUAGUGACCUCAGCGCCUGCCAGCAGAAAGAGCCAGCGCAGGUUUAGGGCGGAAGGAGGGAACCAUCAGCUUGCAGCAAAGAGGAACUCACGGCGCGGCGAUAAUGUGCGACUUCACGGAAGAUCAGACCGCUGAGUUCAAGGAAGCUUUCCAACUCUUUGACAGAACAGGAGAGGGCAAGAUCCUGUACAGCCAAUGUGGGGAUGUGAUGAGGGCCUUGGGCCAGAAUCCCACCAAUGCAGAAGUCAUGAAAGUUCUGGGGAACCCCAAGAGUGAUGAGAUGAACGUGAAAACUCUAAGCUUCGAACAGUUCCUGCCCAUGAUGCAAACCAUUGCAAAGAACAAGGAUCAAGGCUGCUUUGAGGAUUAUGUAGAGGGGCUGAGGGUCUUCGACAAAGAGGGAAAUGGCACGGUCAUGGGAGCAGAAAUACGCCAUGUUCUUGUCACUCUGGGGGAGAAAAUGACUGAGGAAGAAGUGGAAAUGCUGGUAGCUGGCCAUGAAGACAGCAAUGGGUGCAUUAACUAUGAAGAGUUGGUGCGGAUGGUUCUGAGCGGCUGAAGACCAUCACUGGCUUCUCCUAUGAACAUUCUCCUCCAGUCUAUCCUUAAACAUUUUUGUGCCUUUUCAAGCUGUGUGUUGAAAAUACUUUUGAUUCCUUCUCCAGCCUUUUGGUUUUGCUCCUAGGGGCAUGGGGGAGGCAGAAACAUUCUCUGAAGAAGGUGCUCCACAGUCUUUGUAGAAGUGCAGAGAAGUGACCUAGUGGCCGCCUGGCUUGUCUUGCAGUACUGUUUCUUUCCAGAAAUGUUCAGCAAUUUCUCCCUCUCAAUUGCUUUAAUAAACUAUUCCUAAAGUG